CAACGUGCGCCGAAGUUAAUAUCUCGAAAUGCAAACAAUAUAAAUAGGGAUCAGUUUCCUCUCUUCUUUCCUACAAUACUAAGGAAAAGAACAAAAAUGGCUCUAAACAUUGAAGGUGUAGGAGAGCCAGGAAGCUCCAUGCAUGGAGUCACUGGAAGAGAGCAAACCUUUGCUGCAUCGGUGGCUUCUCCCAUGGUUCCAACUGAUAGGACGGCCAAAUUUGAUUUGCCAGUGGAUUCAGAACACAAGGCUAAAGUGUUUAAGCUCUUCUCUUUGGCCAAUCCCCACAUGAGAACCUUUCACCUUUCUUGGAUUUCUUUCUUUACUUGUUUCGUCUCCACAUUCGCCGCUGCACCUCUUGUCCCCAUCAUCCGUGACAACCUUAAUCUCACCAAGGUUGAUAUUGGAAACGCUGGUGUUGCCUCUGUCUCAGGAAGUAUCUUCUCUAGGCUUGUGAUGGGAGCAGUAUGCGAUCUUUUGGGACCCAGAUACGGAUGUGCUUUUCUCAUCAUGCUCUCUGCCCCGACAGUGUUUUGCAUGUCGUUUGUGUCCUCGGCAGGCGGGUACACGGCGGUGCGUUUCAUGAUUGGCUUUUCACUGGCGACGUUCGUGUCUUGCCAAUAUUGGAUGAGCACCAUGUUUAAUAGUAAGAUCAUAGGGCUUGUCAAUGGAACCGCCGCCGGGUGGGGAAACAUGGGCGGAGGAGCCACUCAGCUUCUGAUGCCUGUGGUGUAUGAGCUGAUUCGCAAAGCUGGUGCCACACCUUUUACAGCUUGGAGGAUUGCCUUCUUCAUUCCCGGAUGGCUUCAUAUCAUCAUGGGUAUUUUGGUCUUAACUCUUGGACAGGACUUGCCCGAUGGGAACCUUGGUGCCUUACAAAAGAAGGGUGAUGUUGCCAAAGACAAAUUCUCCAGGGUGUUAUGGUAUGCCGUCACAAACUACAGGACAUGGAUCUUUGUCCUUCUCUACGGAUACUCCAUGGGUGUUGAAUUGUCCACUGAUAAUGUUAUUGCUGAAUAUUUCUAUGAUAGGUUCAAUCUCAAGCUACACACUGCUGGUAUCAUAGCGGCUUCAUUCGGCAUGGCUAACCUCUUGGCUCGUCCCUUCGGCGGGUGGGCGUCAGACGUGGCGGCUCGACAUUUUGGGAUGAGAGGCAGACUGUGGACCCUUUGGAUUCUCCAAACCAUGGGAGGUGCCUUCUGCAUUUGGCUAGGCCGCGCCAACACACUCCCCCUGGCAGUGUUCUCCAUGAUCCUCUUCUCCAUCGGAGCUCAAGCAGCUUGCGGAGCAACAUUCGGCAUCAUUCCCUUCGUCUCUCGAAGAUCUUUGGGAAUCAUAUCAGGGUUAACCGGUGCAGGAGGGAACUUUGGUUCUGGAUUGACCCAACUAGUGUUCUUCUCCACUUCUCGAUUUUCAACGGCUACAGGACUAUCCCUUAUGGGAGUCAUGAUUUGUGCUUGUACUUUACCUGUCACCUUAGUUCAUUUCCCACAGUGGGGUAGCAUGUUCUUUCCUCCUUCCAAGGAUAUCGUCAAAUCUACUGAAGAGUCUUACUACGAAGCUGAGUGGACUGAGGAAGAAAAGUCCAAGAAUUUGCAUCAGAAUAGCAUCAAGUUUGCUGAAAACAGCAGGUCCGAGCGUGGCCGGCGUAUUGCUUCAGCUCCAACGCCGCCAAAUGCUACACCUUCAUACGGCCAUGCUUGAUUAAAAAUUAACAUAUAUGGUGCAAAGAGUAAAUAUUGGACCCAAUAAUUCUGAGAAAGGAGCUUGUGCAAUAUGGUAUACUAGCGUGUAGCUCUCAUGCGUUGUAAUUUUUCUUUUCCUUUUUCUUUUUCUUUUGUUUGUUUGUUUUAUGUUUUUUCCUUUUCCCUUUUCUUUUUCUUUCCCCUUUUUUCGUUUUUUGUUUUUUAGUGUAGAUUUUAUAAUCAAAAUCUGUUGUGGUUAUAUCCCUAAUAAGGAUAUUUAAUGAUGGAACUUUUUUGAGUUGGUAAUUAACAAAAGACUCUUGCAUA